AUGCCGCUACGAAUAGGCCCUGCCUAUCAGCGGCAAGUGGGUAACGGUAUCCGUAAUCCCAACAAAACUGCUGCCCGCCCAACCUCGGCUGGUUCCACCGGACCCUUUUUGCAGGGCCCGCUCCAGUUUGUCUCUGAAUGCCGCCUGGCUCGAGACGGACCUGACCAGCAUCUCGGACAUUUUUCAUCUUCCAACUACUCGUCGCUCCUUUACUUUUUUCCCUCACCAACGAAUCAACCGUUCCCUUUUCCACCUAGAUCCUACGACUGUUCAUUCGACACGACUUUUGCGCCACCAUGGACUCUCAAGGCGGCAGCGCCAAGGCGGGCCAUCUCUGCGUGCUCGUCCACGGCGUACGUCAUCGACCAACCCCCGUUGCCCGGCGCGCGCGGCGCGGCAGCGCCCCACCUCUGGGGCAACCCGCAACACAUGCGCAACAUUGCCAAGUGCCUGCGCGACCAGUACUCGCGCGACGAGCUGUACCUGCUGCUCGCCAAGCGCAACACGGGCAGCUUCACCUACGACGGCAUCGAGCGCGGCGGCGAGCGCGUCUGCGCCGAGAUUGAGGAGGAGCUGCGCAUCAUCGAGGCCGCUGGCGGCACCGUCACCCGCCUGAGCAUCAUCGGCUACUCCCUGGGCGGCCUGGUGUCGCGCUACACCGUCGGCCUGCUGCACGCCAAGGGUCUCCUGGACAAGAUGGAGUGCAUGAACUUUUGCACCUUUGCGAGCCCGCACCUCGGCGUCCGCACGCCCCUCCGCGGCUGGCACAACCACGUCUGGAACGUCGUCGGCGCCCGCACCCUCUCCAUGUCGGGCCAGCAGCUCUUCACCACCGAUAGCUUCCGCGACACCGGCCGCCCCCUGCUGCAGGUCAUGGCCGACCCGGCAUCCAUCUUCAUGUCGGGCCUGCGCAGGUUCAAGCGCCACACGCUCUACGCCAACAUCACCAACGACAAGAGCGCCGUCUACUACACCACGUGCAUCCAAAAGACGGAUCCCUACCGCGACCUCGACCUCGUGCGCCCCAACUUCUUGCCCGGCCGCGCCGAGGUGCUCCUCGACCCGCACGCCCCGUUCCUGCCCCGGCCCAAGCUCGCAGCGGCCUCGGCCACGUCCGUCUGGGCGGCGCGCUGCCUGCAGUCCCUCCGGAAGCUGCCGCUGGCGCUGGCCGUCGCCGUCUUCGUGCCGUUUGGCGUCGCCGCGUACCUCGUCAACUCGCUCAUCCAAAACGUGCGCAGCUCCCAGCGCAUCCGCCUGCACGAGCGCGGCCAGCUCGGCGUCAGCACCGACGAGUACCGCGUCCCGCUGCUCAUCAAGGAGCUGCGCGGCGAGGUCGAGUCGGCGUACGAGGCCCUCAACAGCUCCCAGCAGCAAGAGUAUCUCAAACCCGACGACGACGCCGACGAGGACGCCGCCUUGGAUGCAGAGGACAGACGGCUGCUGACGAGGGAGCGCAGGCUGUCUCAGCCGACACAGCCGACGCUCGCGCUCGCGCCCUGCCAGUUUGACAUGAUUCGCAACCUGGACUCGCUCGGCUGGCGCAAAUACCCGGUCUGGAUCCAUAACACGGGCCACGCCCACGGCGCCAUCAUUGCCCGCAUUGAUAAGAGACGGUAUGACGAGGGCUUCGUCGUCCUCGGACACUAUGCCCAAGACGAGUUCUUGCUCUAG